AUUGAAUACAAACCAUCAAACCAGUCAGUUUCUCUAUUAACGCUGAUGUGUGCUGACAUCUGCGGUAUUUUCAGGCUGUUCCCGCUCCACAGAUUGACGACGAGGCAGAGACUCGCCACUGAGCUUCUGUUUUAAGGGUAAACAAACACGAUAAGGAGCGGGCAGAUUUUUACUCAUGAGGAUCCAUCCUUUCAACAGACGAUCUUUGGACACUGGGAUCAGUCUCUGGAGCUCAUCGCCAUGGCCACACACUGUGUCCGACACUGUGUCACACGCCUCCACACACUGUGCACGGUCCUGUCCACACACGCCUCCUCAUUGAGAGCCUCGCAGCGGGGUGCAGCCGGUGUCCUGCGGUCCUCCAGGGGGCGCUGCAGCUCAUCGGGCAGCGGGGAUGUGGGCGAGGUGAGGACUCUGCUGCAGCUCUGUGUGGACAGACACUUCGUCUCACCCGGUCCCGCCAACACCGAGCUGUUCGGCCGCGGGCUGAGCUGCAGCUACGGGCCCCUGGGCACGGAGCUGAGGAGGAACCUGCUGGAGCAGUGGUGGCUCUCCAUGAGCCGGGCCAGGGCUCAGCUGUUUGGGAUAAACACCCUGAGCAGCAGCCGCAGGGACGGAGACACAGAGGCAGGGGGACAGCUGAGGAUGGUCCAGGCUGAGAGAUUAAGACACAUAUUUGAGCAGCAGCAUCUGAGCAAGGAGCAGAUGAUCCAGGAGGUGCAGACGCUCCUUCAGAGGUGCCCGUCCGUGAGAACAAACCUACUUCAAGGUGCUUUGGAAGAGUUUGUCCCCUCGGUGGAGCUGGUGAACAGGAAGUUGCCUUUCGGCCUGGCUGAGACUGGUCUGUGUUUUCAGCCCUCAGACGGUUCUGGUUGCCCUGCUGAGGUCACCCAGGCGUCUCUGGUGUGGUUCUGCUCUCCUCGCACCUCUUCCCAGUGGCUCGAUCACUGGGCACGACAGAGGCUGAAAUGGUGGAGAAAAUUUUCCCUGUCUCCCUCCGACUUCAGCAGCAGCGAAGUCCCGGCAGAUGAACUUGUGGGGGCGGCGUCUCGCGGUGUGAGGAUCGUCUACAACUUCCCGUGGGGACCAGAGCCCCUGGAGACACUGUGGAACCAAGGAGACGCUGAGCUGCUGCAGACACACAAAGGAGUGUGGACAAAGUUACAGUGUCGAAACGGGCGCAAGUCGGUCCCUCACGUCGUCUCUGUGAGCGGGAACAUGGACCGAGGUUUGAUGGCCUUUCUGUCCAACUCGCUGCAGCUGCUGAAGAAAGGAGACAGCAAGCAGAGGCUGCCGCAGAGAAAGGUUCUGAAGUUGCAUCCAGUGUUGGCUCCAGUCAAAGUGGCUUUAGACAUUGGCAGAGGAGGAACUAUGGAACUGAGACAGGUUUGUGAAGGCCUUCUGCAGGAGUUCAUGGAGUCUAAGAUCUCCGUGUGGCCCGGGUACCUUGAAACUGUGCCAACAUCGAUGGAGCAGCUGCACGCCAAGUACGAUGAGAUGGGAGUGCUCUUCACCGUGGUGAUCAGUGACAACACGUUGGAGAGUGGACUCCUUCAGGUCCGCAGCAGAGACACCACCAUCAAAGAAACCAUGCACAUCUCUGAGAUCAAGAACUUUCUCUCCAGAUACAUUUCUGCUGCCGACAAAAUCUGAAACGGACGACUUGUUGGGUGAAACCAAAAAUGGCAGAUUGAAUAUUGUAUAUUAUAAUACUGAAUAUUGUGCUGUCUCAAUUCUAGACACAAAACUAUUGUACAUCUGCAACUGCUGAACGGAGAAUGUAAUAAAAAUAAAA